AUGCGCCCGCUGAGAUGCGCGUGCGCACUGCUCGGUUAUCGCGACCACCCGCGGCCACCGCGAAACCGUCAAUACAACAUUAUUAUGAAAACUGGUCAGAAACUACCUUCGGCCAUCCAUGAUCUUAACAAAGCCUCGAGAUUUGUUCAUAGAGCAGGUGAUAAUAUAGUCACGUCUAAUGUAGCUCAGAUAUAUACUUAUGGUACUCUGUUUGACCUUGCUCUACAAGGUGGAGGAGACGGCAGAUCAAGUUUUUCACCUUAG